AUGGACCAAAUACAAGAGAUCUUCGAGUUCCCAGUAACGAUCCCAAACCAAGCACGCGUCGAAAGCGUCAUUCGCACAAUGUGUCUCGUGAACGUCAUUUCGUCAUUCGUGAUUGGCUACGCUACUGACUCGUUGGUCUAUCUAAGUGCUGCAUUUGCAAUCCAGUUUGCUGUUUUGGUGGCGCUUGUGUCGACCAAUGUCUUGUUCAAGGGACAGCCGGGGAUCGAGUGGUUGAGCGUGAAAUACUGA